GAAAGUCGAACCCUCAAGUCGAACUCCCACAGCCAACCAGUCCAUCCCCAUCCCCGCGAAGAGCAGGAAAGGAAGAAACACCACGCCACCCGUCAUCAAGAUGAAGGUCACUUCGGCUAUCGUGCUGUUCGCGGCUACCGCUGCUGUAGCGCAGCAGAGCACCGCCAUCACUGGUAGCGGUGCUUCUGUCAUCAGCACCGCUACCACCUCUCGCAGUGCUGUCGCCUCGGGAACCGGCAGCAGCAACACUACCACUGUAAGCACGGCUUUCGGCACAGGCUCCACCGCCUCCGCAACCGGCACCGCCGGCACCAUCGUCUCGGGCUCCAUCAGCUCAGGGUUGGGAAUCAACGCCACGCUGGCCACAAGCAGCACCGUCCGCGGCAGCGCCACUGCCGUCCCCUCCGGCCCCAGCACCACAUUCGACUCCGGCGCUGGCUCAUCAUCUACCGCGACCCCCACGCCCGAGCAGGGCGCCGCCGCUACGCUCCAGUCCUCGCUACUAGCUCUCGCUGCCGCCGCCGUCGGUGCGCUUGUGCUAUCUUAGGAGAAGCUGAAGAACACGCGCGAAGGACGGGGCAAUGCGAUAUACCUGCCGAUACCUGCCGAACCGGGCGCCAUCCGGAUAAUUUGCUUCACUUCCUGGACCAUGUGAAUUCCCAACUACCAUCUUUCCUGUUGACCUUUUUAUCCAUUUUUAUCG